ACUAACACCUGCAAGCUUUCAAAGAUGCUUAAGAAGACUGCAACUCCUUAGGGAAAAGAACAAACAGAAGCAGUCAAGGCCCUUAAAGCAGUGGCCUCAAACCUGCCUCCUCUGAAGAUUCCCAGCACAGGACACCGUACUCUCCAAAUUGAUGCCACCCUCCAUGCUGGAAGUAUGGUAUUAACAUUUUUCCCCAAUUAGAUUUCUCCAGUAUGAACAUACGGUCUUUGGAACGUGUUUUACCACCCUCCAUGCUGAAAUUGUGGUAUUAAUAUUUUUCUCCAAUUAUAAUAUGUCCCUACAAGAUCCUCAUCUCUGCACCACUCUAAAGGUACAAGUCCAGCUCACGGGAGCAGAACAAGUGACGUUAUCAAUGAUGGCCACUUUGCAUCAUCAGAUUAUUUAUAGGCUACAAGAUCGAGCACGAAGAAAUCUGAUCGCUAUUACAUCUGUGAAAAUUAUGGACAUUAUGCAAAAAAAUUUUCAAAGAAUCCAAAUUAGUUAAAAUAGCAAUUUUUAAAGUUAUUUUAUUUUAAAACUCAUUGUAAGCCUAAAUCACGUGGCUCUCCGCUUCACGAGAGUCACGGUAUGUGUGUGUUUAUAAGUAUACAAGCCACUUGUCUCCGUGCCUUCCUUACUCCACAUUACUCUCAACUCAUCCGUUCCCAGUAAUAUACCCAUCCAAUACUCUAGCCUCACAAUCACUUACCUUUCCUAUUCAAACUUCGCGUCACCGACGUCUAAUGGCUGUUCCAACGACCGCCUCUGCCACCACCACCACCAUGAAUGAUAUCCCUGAUGUCAUUUUAUCCAACAUUUUUGCUUCCAUCUCCGACACACGGACACAGAACUCUUUUUCUUUAGUUAACCGCAAGUUCUUAACUCUUGAGAGAGCCACGCGCACCUCUCUUACGCUCCGAGGCAACACGCGGGACCUUUACAUGGUUCCUACUUGUUUCAUAUCCGUCACUGACCUUGACCUUUCUCUACUCUCUCCAUGGGGCCAUUCUUUGCUAGCUUUCUUGGCGCCGUCAGAUCCUCUCCUCUUAGCGCACCGCCUUGGUGUUGAGUUUCCACUUGUUAGGUCACUUACGGUGUACGCUCGAUCUCCGUCCACUUUUCAGAUUAUGCUCCUUCAGUGGCCGCGAUUGAGCAGGGUGAAGCUCGUCCGGUGGCAUCAACGACCAUCGUCGCCUCAUCUAGGAGCGAAUUUUGUUUCGUUGUUCGAGCAUUGUAAAGGGCUUACUUGUCUCGAUCUCUCGAAUUUCUACUACUGGACGGAGGAUCUUCCCUCGAUUCUCCAAGUGUAUUCGGAUUUUUCCAAGUCCUUGACAUGCUUGGAUCUGCUCACGGUUUCAUUAACUGAUGGAUUUAAGGCACACGAGAUUCAAGCAAUCACUGCUGCUUGUGCAAAUCUCACCAAGUUUCUAGUUGCCUGCAUGUUUGAUCCGAGUUAUCUAGGAUUUAUUGGAGACGAGACGUUGCUCGCCAUUGUUGCGAAUUGUCCCAAAUUAUCGGUUCUUCAUCUGGUUGAUACGUCGUCGUUGGGGAACACCAGGAAUGAUCCUGAGGAUGAAGGAUGUACUGGAGAGGAUGCGAGGAUUAGCAUUACGGGGUUGGUGGAUUUUUUCUUAAGGCUUCCAUUGCUUGAAGAGCUGGUACUUUGUGUUUGUAAGAAUGUUAGAGAUAGUGCAGUAGCUUUGGAAGCUCUUAAUUCUCGGUGUCCAAGGUUGAAAAUGCUGAGGUUAGAGCACUUCCAUGGUAUUUGCAUGGCAGUGGAGUCGCAGCUUGAUGGGGUUGCCUUGUGUUCGGGGCUGUAGUCAUUGUCGAUCAAGAACUCUGCAGAUUUGACGGACAUGGGUUUGAUAGAGAUUGCGAGAGGAUGUUGUAGAUUGGCAAAGUUUGAAGUUGAGGGAUGUAAGAAGAUUACAAUGAGAGGCAUGAGGACAAUGGCUUGUUUGCUUCACAAGACUCUUGUUGAGGUCAAGAUCUCUGCUUGUAAGAAUUUUGAUGCUGUAGCAUCUCUGCGAGCUUUGGAGCCUAUUAGGCAUCGGAUUGAGAGACUUCACAUUGAUUGUAUAUGGGAUACUCUGCAGGAAGAGGGUGGUACUCAAGAAGACGAUUAUGCAGCUAGUCAUGGUUUCAACCUUGAUGAAACCCUCUCUGAAAAUGCUGAACUUGAGCAUUCUAGAUGCAGUAAAAGAAUCAAGUACUCUGCGGAAAUGUUGUAUAUGCAAAGCAAUGGAGAUGGAUUUUGGAGCAAGUCCUGGGAUAAACUCCGAUAUCUUUCCCUCUGGAUUGGUGUUGGCGAGCUUUUAACUCCAUUGCCAAUGGCUAGUCUUGAUGAUUGUCCUAAUUUGGAGGAGAUUAAGAUACGGAUUGAAGGGGAUUGCAGAGGCCGGCACAGACUAUCACAGCGUGCAUUUGGAUCGAGCUGCCUUGCCCAAUAUCCCCGGCUGUCAAAGAUGCAGUUGGAUUGCAGCGACACAAUAGGCUUUGCAUUAACUGCCCCAUCUGGACAAAUGGAUUUGAGCUUGUGGGAGAGGUUUUUCUUGAAUGGGAUAGGGAAUUUGAGCCUCAAUGAGCUUGAUUAUUGGCCACCACAAGACAAAGACGUUAACCAAAGGAGUCUGUUCCUUCCCGGUGCAGGGUUGCUUGCUGAAUGUCUCACAUUGAGGAAGCUCUUUAUCCAUGGAACAGCUCAUGAGCAUUUCAUGAUGUUCCUUCUCCGAAUCCCAAACCUGCGGGAUGUUCAGCUUAGGGAAGACUACUAUCCAGCACCGGAGAAUGGUAUGAGCACAGAAAUGAGAGUUGGUUCAUGCAGCCGGUUUGAAGAUGCCUUGAAUAGGCGCCAUAUUCUCGACUAUGUGAAUGUUACACGCUGAUCAUCAAGAGCAAGACAAGUUAUCGCUUU